GAUACUGACGGACGUGAUGCUUGCUUCCACUCUUUUCGAACCAUUCAGCCGUUCAGGAAUCACCGCCUGCCACUCCUUAUUUCAUCUUCGUCAUUAUCUGGAGAAUAAUCAACGUGGAACUCUUUCUUCUGAUUUCCUAUUUCAAGACCUGACCUCAUGGCAAAAUGGUUAAAAGCUGUAGCACGGGAAAACUGGAUGCCAUCACCGAGAGCAACUCUCUGCAGCGAUCAUUUCACAAAAGAUUGUUUUGAGGAACGGAAUGAUAGGCGGCAUUUAAAAUUCUAUUCUAUUCCAACAAUAUUUCCACCACCUAAAAACAAGAUGACAAGCUCCCAAAGAUCACAUAAGGCAAAAGCUUCUGGUGGACAUCAUAAAAUUUUGGAGAUACAAAAGUCACAUUCAGCAUCACAAGCUAAUUCAGUGUCAGAUGCAUUUUGCAAGCCAACUGAACCAACUAACGUCACAGAUUUACAGCCUACAUUAGUCACGGAGACUCUUAAUACAGGGAAGCUAGCUCAACUAGCAGCUGCCGCGGUCCUGAAUUUAGCAGAAUUUUCUCAAAUACUGGAAGUUCCUCUAAAACCUGAAGUAGAGUCCUCAGAAGUGCCCACAUUUUUUAAUUGCACAGCACAAAAUCAAACGUAUGCAACAGAAGCAAAGACAGAAUCGGUUUUAAGUGAGUCAGUAACUAAUCAUUCAGAGGAUCAGUUUCAAGAUUCUGCAGCAGCUCAGAGUUCAGACACCUUUCAAUGGACUGCUAAUGUGUUAUCAACGCCUGAAGUACUAUCGGAUACAUCCACUGUGCUUGUAAGUUCAGUGGAUGUACCUAUAGUAUCCACUGAUGUUUUGCCCUGUUUAUUCGCAACAUCUACAGAACUAACAUCUGAACAAGUAACAAUAUCAGAAGAAACUACCUGGAUAUCUGCGGAAGUGCUUAUUCCAGAAACACCGACCCAUUUAACAACUGCAGUUCUGGCUUCUGAAGAGCUGGAACAUUCCUCUGCAGAAGGAAACACGCUUUCAUCUCCGAGCGAUCAGAAUGUGUCAGGAAUGACAUUUCCCCAGGAUCACAGUUAUUUUAUGAGUCCUUGCCCAGAUAUCAUCAGGAGAACUCUAGGAAAGAAGCUUGCGUGGGAGAGAAAGAAGAAUGAAGAGCAUCGGCAAAAGUUCAGAGUACUCCAACAAAAACUGAAAAGAAAAGAGCAGAAAAUUGACAAUCUGACUAAAAUUAUCAGUCAGCUGAGAGAAAAGCAUGAUGAAAGUGAAAAAGAAGAAUUGGACCAAACCCAGCAAUGCUACUGAAGUGGAGGAUGUGCUUCUGUCGGAGUGGCCAUGUGACUGAAAAGAUAAAUGAAACUCUGUAUUUUGUUGCCAAAGCAGAUGGAAAGGAGGGUCUGAUUUACAAUGAAGGAAAACUUGAAACUUCUGUGGACUAGUUCUGAGAUUCAACAUAAAUGCUGAGCAAAAUAAUAAAACCUAUUAAUUGUUCCAGUA